AAUAAAGAUUCCUCCUAUAUAAUUAUACACCUAAUCGCCGCCCAUUAUGACCAGUGAAAAAAGCAGUCCACCACGUUAGUCGCAGAAGCAACCAUGACCACCACCGUCACCGGAAGCCGUGAAUCUCCGGAUGAGAGACGCAAUAUUUCCACCGUAGUUUACCAAGACCAUAUAAACCGAUCCUUCACAAGCAGCGCCGGCGUGGACGUACUUCCGAUCAGAUUCCGGCUCUUUAAGGUAACUGCUAACUAUAAUCCGAUUCUCCACGAUUAUGAUCUCGAAACUCCAAUUCCCAUAUCUACACAUGUAUAUUUGCUGCGGUUCUCGGCGGAGUGGCGGAGCUGGAAUUCAAAGAUAACGAUGGAGAGGUUGGCUAGGUAUCAAAGGAGCUAAGUGUGGUUGGCAGAUGGAUAAGUUGGUAGACAAGCUGGCAAGGUAUCUUUCUGAUACUGUGGGUGUUGAAGAGGAUCAACACCCUUGUAUUAUUCUGAAAACGGUGGAGAUGAUUCAAGCCGCUGUCCACGACCGGGUUAUCGAUGUGCAGAUAUCGGACAUCACAUUUAUCGAACAGGAACCUGAACCGGAGGAGGAAUCUGAGCUGGAGGAGUCUGAACCGGAGGAGGAGUCGGAACAAGAGGAGGAGUCUGAAACGGAGGAGGAUUCUGAACAGGAGGGAUUCGAGGAUUUGGACGACACAUCGUAUGGGGACAAUCUGACUCCUGCAUCUGAAUCAUUCAUGGAGGAUUUGAAGAAAUUGAGAGUACUUGGUUCGGAAUUGGAAAUGCUUGGGCAGACGCCAAACUGUGCUAUUUGUCUGGAGGUGCUUGCUGAAGAAGGAUAUGAUGAUCAACUGAUCACCAUUACUCGUUUGCCUUGCUUACACUAUUAUCAUCGGGAUUGCAUUAUCAAGUGGAUGAUGAUCAAUAAUUUAUGCCCAGUUUGUCGACGCCAGAAUGUGGAAGCAGGGGAGAUAAGAAAUAACUUACCUAGCUAGCUAGACCUAAUUGCGCUAUUGGAGGCUAGCUGCAUUGUCGACAAUCUCAAAUACGGUGUCAAAUUAGGAUUUCCCGUGUUAAAGCAAAAAUGAACAAGAAAAAGAUAAUAUAUUCCCUAAUGUACUCUUGCUAUUAAUUUGAAUUAAGCAUGUUCUGUUUG